AUGGUAUUCGGCCUUUUCUCUCGCAAACCAACCCAAAAUCUUGAACCACCUGUCGAAGAGCAGCAGCUUCGUACACCUUCUCCUUCGACCAUUCAAAGGGAUGCUUCCCCAUUCCCCCUAGUUGAAGAGUCUGGCACAGUACUAGACCAAAGCGAUCUGUACAAUCUCAUUCGUUCGGUUCCCGCGAAAACGUUGCACGAUUACUCUCUAUCGAGAUUACAACCCUCGUCGCCUGCUCCAACUGCAGAUGGAUCUCUUCCCCCGCAGAUACUGGCCGGUUUGACGGCAUUCUUCUCGUCUCUUACGCCACCGCCCACUCUUCAUUGCGUCCGCUGUCAUAAAUUCUAUAUGGAUGUCGAGAACGACGACCGGGCGUGUCGUGUUUCCCAUGAUGACGAUUCAGCUGAAGUAGAUCGACACGAGACGCUGUGGGAGUGCUGCGGUAAGACAGUUGAAGGAGAUGGGGAUAUGGGACCUCCGGAUGGAUGGUGCUAUGAAGGGAUGCACACGACGGAUACCAAGCGUGCACGAUUUCGCGCAGACUCUACCCUUUACGACGAUAAGCUCGUGUCAUGCUCUGUGCUUCGCUGUCAUGAGCCUCCAAAUUCGUCUCCUCGAUCAACACGAUCUACCAAGAGCCGCAGAGCACGAGUUACUUCUCCUUCAAAGCUAUACCGUACUACGACGGCGUCUGCAAGCCCUGUCAGAAGCAACGUCACUGGGAAGCGACGACGCUCCCUCGAAGAUGACGAAACUGCUGAUCUACCGGCAAUAAUAUCAAACGGUCACAAGGGCAAGGACAGAGCUUCGCGGCUUGAUGAAUCUGACGAAGAAGAUCGUGGGCGAGCGCGCGCUCCUGUAAAGAAACGCCCCCGGAAGAGCAUUUCUUCACCUUCACGCACGUCGGAGACCCUUGUCGCUGAACGCAGCGACUCGCGGCCCAGAUUGCCGCGUCAAAGUACGGAAAUACUGGCUACUGCACUCCAGAAUGAAGCGUCGCGGGACGAUGCUUCUGAUAUGGGGCCUGCAGGCCGCACGCGUUCUCGGUCACGCUCUCGAGUCCGUCCGAAGUCUACUUCUUCCUUCGCCACUUUUGCCGCGGCCAUGAUCAACAAUAGUGCAAAGGCCUCAACACCCACACCCUCCUCGUCCAAAAGAAACACCUCCGUAUCUCCCACACUAACGAAGCCCGCUCCUAAAUCUGCCUCGAAGCCUCCGUCCAAGAUAGCGUCGAUGAAUCCGGCUCCAAAUACCACAGCACAUGGGAGAGGAAGCAGUAUAUUCUCUGCUACAUCUGAGCAAACCGACGUAUCAGCCAGGGCGCGUACACCUGUAUCUACUGCGUCUACCCCCAGUACUCCUAAGCACUCAACAGAGAGGCUCCCUCAUCGUUGUGGCUCGAGAAUGUCUGUCGUAGUGGAAAUCCCGGUCUCGCGCUAUUCAUCUCGUUCACCUGCUGCCCCUCCGCCAUCGAAAGCACCCAAGUCUGGAGCAAAGCCUAGGAAUUGUACAUCCGAUGACAUUGGCAACCCUCUGAAAGGUCCCGUUGGCAACAAGGGCACCCCACUUUUGAGCCAGCAUCUGUCGCAGGUCGUGGCAAGCAGCGUUGAUGGAGAAGAUAUGCUGUAUAGUACCUGA